AUGGGUUCUGAGUUGGGUGUGACUAGCACCUCGAAAGCUAGUGCUAAUUUAUCUGCCGUAAGCAUCUGGUGGGCUUGCUUCGGUUGUGCCUGGACGGUGCUUGUCAGUAUCGGAGUUAUUUACAUUGUGAUCCGACGAGACUCGCCAACCAUUCGAAUUCGAGGACUGGGGUUGAUGUUAUCGGCAUUAUUCUUCUUACACUUAUACUUCUGGUCUGUCCAGUUCGGUUUGUUGAUGGGCAGCGUUAUCCCCGGAGAUGCCGAGUACUGGUUCAUGGGUACUUGGUUACCCGUUGGUCUUUCUCUAUUCUUCGCCUCCAACGGUCGCUUCCUCUAUAUCGCAAGGCUUCAGAAGAAAUAUGCCUACCCCUGCAGUCGCAUCUCAAUGCCGUCAGCUAAACUGAAGCGUCGGGGUGGCUUGAUCGGUCGCUUCCUACGUCUGGACUAUUCCAAGAAGAGUUUUAUUACCGUUGGCGUUGCUAUGUUUAUUCAGAUUUCCCUCACAGUCAUUAUGUUCCUCCUCUCGCGCAAGUACCAUCCCUCAUACGGCAUUCCAGGCACCGGCGUUACUGGUACUGCCAUGGAAAUCAAGACUGCACAAGGCAAAGGCUGGGAAUGGUGGCCUGGUGUUCUGUCGCAAGUCUUCUGGUGCUGGAUUGUGGCUCCCUAUACCCUCUGGAAGGCCCGCGACAUCCAUGAUACUCAAGGAUGGCGUACUCAAACCAUCGCAUGUGCUAUCGCUGGUCUCCCCGCAACUCCAUUAUGGCUUUGCAGUACCUAUAUCCCCGCCAUGACCAAGCUCGAAACCGUCUGGCUCCCCCCCGCAGUGGAUUUGCCUUUCGAUUAUGGUUAUCGAGAUAUUCACCUCUGGCACCGUCAGACCCUCCGACAAGAGACCCUCGACGCUAUUUCCCAAUGGGAGGCCCGCAACAAGAGCUCUGGCGGCGAAGGAAAGUCUCUUGCUUCCGGGUCUACUGCGGUAGAGUCCAUCCUGUCCGCCUGGAAGUCCACCAAGGGAUCUGUUAGGUCCGACAUAUCUGGUGAAAGUAUUCUCACAAUGGGUGCUCUUGAGUACGUCCUCGAACGCAAUCCCGCCCCUCUCCAGGAGUUCUCCGCCCUCCGUGAAUUCUCCGGCGAGAACAUUGCCUUCCUUACUGCCGUUGCUGAAUGGAAGAGCUCGAUGCCUGCUACCCUCCGCAAAAAUGCCACUGCCUCUAGCGAUGAGAAGAUCAAGGAGAUGAGACGUGAUGCUUACAACCGCGCCCUUCACAUCUACGCUGAGUAUGUCAGUCCGAGCCACGCCUCAUUCCCUGUCAACAUUGGCCACCAAGUUCUCCGCAAACUGGAACAAGUCUUCGAAAAGCCUACUGCGCUUCUCUACGGUGAACGUGAGCCUGAGCCUGCCGUUCCUUUCAAAGAAACAUUCGACCUGGACAUACCUGUUACUCCUGACACAGGUGACUCCCAGAAGGCUCUGAAGUCCUCCAUGACAGAGAUCCGGGACAUGGUCCUAUACUGGGGCGAGAUUCCAGAAGAUUUCGACACGUCCAUCUUCGAUGAGUCUGAGGGAGAUAUCAAGUACCUCGUUCUCACCAAUACAUGGCCUAAGUUCAUUAAGAGCCACCGAUCAUCGCUCAGCUCUGUUUCUUCUUUGGAGGCAGGUGUGAAUGUUCACUUGAUUGUGGACCGAUCUAAUAAAUAA